AUGAUUUCCAGCACAAACCAAGCCCAUAUCCCAGUGCUGGUCACAUGGUGUAACCCAUUUAUUCUCCCAAAGAUACUUGAAAAAGUCCAACUGCUGUCAUCGGAUACAAAAGAAUUCACACCUGACAAGAAUCAGUUUGCUUUCAUAAAAUGGAAAGUAGUUGGAGCAGACGACCAGGUGGUAGAUGUGGAGGGAGAGGCUGUGUGUGCUGUGGGGCAAACCACAUGUCCUCUCAAUGUACUCCUCAGAAAAGAUGAUAUCCCAGAGUAUGCUUCAAGCUUCCUUGUCCAGUUACCAGCUCCAGAAGACUCUGCUGCUGGAUACAGAGUCAAUGAUGCCAGCAAAGUGGCCAAUGUUACCAUGUUACCCAGUGAUUACCCUGAUGGGCUGGUGCAGUUUGCCCAGACAUCUUUAUUGAAGACAGUUGGUAAGAAUGAAAGGAGUGUCCGGCUGGAGGUCCAGAGGAUCAAGGGCAAAGGUCAGACUGUCCAAGUGGACUAUGCCACCAAAUCAGUGGACACACCUCAGUCCAUAGCUGGUGUUAGGGUCUACUCUGCACUGGACAAGGCAGACUACAGUGCUGUGUCAGGAAAACUCCUCUUUGACGCAAAUGUGGAGAGCCAGUAUCUUGUGAUAUCACUGAGUCCAGUGACAGCUUCAGACAAUCCUUACCCCAAGAUGUUUCAGGUGGUGCUAGGUAACCCCACCAGUGGAGCCAGUUUAAAUAAGGUAAUGUCUGUGGCCAAUGUGACUAUAGUGGAGACUGAUGAACAGAAGUUCUGGGACAUAAGGGCAGAGGCUCUUCUUCCACAAAUGACUGAUAACAACAUCAACAACCUGAUAAAUGACUUGAAGACCACAGUGGGCAAUGAUAGGAGUCUCAGUAACAAUGAACUGCAUGUGACUGAGUAUAUACUGGACCUGAUGAUCCAAGAGGGAGAAAUAAGACCAUUACCCCUGGCAACCAAGAAGGGUAUAUUAUCCAUCUUUUGUGAGCUCCUAGAUCCCACCCGCACAGACAGCACUAGGGGGCAGUAUGAACUGAUUAAGUUGUUUGAACGCUUCACUUUCAUCUGCCUGACCAAUCAGAGCUGUCAGACCCCUGAAGCAACAGAUGACAAUAAAGAAUUGCUCAUGUUUGACAAUGAGUGUACAUAUGUGAGGUUUGGUGUAGCCAGGUGGUAUCCAGACUAUAUCAAUGGAUUUGAAUAUAAGGGACUAAAACAAGACUACUUCAAUGUUCCUAUCCAGUUAUUGGAUACCACUGCUGAGGGUGGUGUAAACUCUGCUAAUCCAAUGUGCCAAGAUGUCCACUUCAUAGAGUACUCCAGUGAGCAAUGGUUCAAUCCCAAUGCCAACAACCUCCUCCUGGCCCAGAAGGUCCUCACUUUUUCCAUCAGAGGACGCACUUUUGGGACCAUCAGCAGUCCUGUCAAGUUCAGAGUAAACACUGAUAACAGGAGGAUCACUGCACGCAGAGCACAGUGUGUCUACUUUGAGGAGUCCACUCAAGCUUGGACAUCGGGCAGUGUUUGUCGAGCCACCAAUGACCUGAACCUGGACCUCGGCAUAGAUAGCUUUGUGGACUGUGAGUGCUCUCACCUGUCCAGCUAUGCGGUCCAGGCACAGACAUCAGACCCCAACCUGGUCUGGUACCCCAUCUGGUUCUUUAUAUCUUGCUUUAUUGCUAUGACGGGCCUAGCCCUUGCCAUCCUGUCUCACCAUAUCUGCUCCAUAUACUCCAUGUUUGCUGCCAACCUCCUGAUGCACAUGUGCUUUGCCACCAUGGCAACUGAGAUCUGCUAUGUGGUGGCAGCCUACAUCAGUCCAGAGAUCCUGGUACCUCCCACAGCAGAUGACAACUCCAGGUGUAUUAUACUUGGGCUGUUCACGCACUACUUCUUCCUGGCACAGUUCACAUGGAUGUUCACUCAGGCAAUCAACUUUUGGAAGAUCUUAGUGCUGAAUGAUGAACACACAGACAGAAAAUAUGUCCUUUACUUCCUUACAGGAUGGGGCCUUCCUGCCAUUAUUGUGGCAGCCUUUUAUGUCAUCACUUACAACUUGUACAAGUUUGUGUACAACGUGCCCGAAAACUACAUAUAUGGAGAUGUGAAUCUCUAUGGAGAAAUGUGCUUCAUAGUGAACCCAUAUGCUGCCUUGGGAGGAGUGAUAGGGCCUAUCCUAGUGUGCCUGUUUGUUAUUGGCAUUGCCUUCAUCCAUGCCUUCCAAGUCACUCCACAGUGGCAGGCAUAUGACGAUGUGUACAGAGGGAGAUAUAACAUAAAUGAGGUGAGGACAAUCCUGUUUUUCUGGGCCACCAUCAUUCUUACCUGGCUGUGGGGAGGACUACAUAUGGCCUAUGGGGAACUGUGGAUGCUCAUUUUUUUCUGCAUCUUCAACACCAUUCUGGGUCUGUUUGCCCUAGUUGUGUACUGUGCCCUGCGGAACCCCUGUCUGCCAUGUUUCCGUCCCCAGAAAGCCAGCUAUUCUUUGGACAUCACUGGGGGUUCAUCUGCAGAUGGCAUGCAGUACCACCCCAGACCCCCUUCUGUCACAGGUAGCCUCAAGGGAUCCAGAGCAUCACUUAUUAAUGAGAGCUGGGAGCGUGAUUCAACUGGUGUUCCAAAUGGCCAAAUGCGUGUAAAACGCACACCAGCAAGCAAUGGUAAUAUUUAUGUAAGCGCUCCAGGAGGAAAGACAGGUCCAUAUGUGGGAGGAGAUGACGAUGUAGAUUCUCAGGAAUUUGAUGAUCUGAUUUUUGCAUUAAAAACAGGAGGAUCUGGUAUUGCUCCUAGUGAAACCAGCAGCCAUGAUCAAGACGGCGCAUUCCCUGCUAUUCAAGCAGGAGGAAGUCCAGGUUAUGAAAUGAGAAGGAUUUCAAUAGCAGAUACUCAUUUGUGACAGGGUACUGGUGUUUGAGACAAAUCUCUGAAAGUAAUCAGUGACAUUUAGAUUGACCAGGGUCUCACAUUUUUUUUUUUUACCUGAAGUCUAAAUAGUGAUCAAACAGGCCCUUCAGCACAGAUAAAUGAAGAUUGAACUAAUUGGUGGUUAGAAGUUUUCAAAGUGCUCAGUUUAUUUGUCUGAAGACCUGGAAGAUUCCAGAGUUUUCUAUAUUAAUUGGUAUUUUAAAUGACCAUGUAUGUAUGUGGUGUGUAGUUUUCACAUACCCAAAAUGUGUGCAUUCUUUUGUAUUGCUUUGCAUGCUACUGUACUUGUACUCAGUGCUUAAACUUCAAUUUUGAUAUUGCUAGCUCUAUCAGACAUCCUUUAAAAGGGUAGAAGUUGGGACCUUAUUCCCUUUUCAUAUUAGGACAGAGUGCUCUUAUGGUCAUUUAUCAGCACAUUCUGCUUGUUAAAUUCACCAAGAGAUUACUGGUCUGGUUAUAAAGACCUUUUUGUGUAACCUUCAGGAGUUGUGACAUAAAAUGUAAAGGUUGGAUGCAAGGAGAGUACUACAGUUUGAUAAGAUCUAACCAUGAUCAUUCCACUGUUAAAUGUAGUAAUAACCAGUAGGAAGCAUAGUAGCUGCAGUAUGUUCAGGACCCGUCUUAUAUAUUGAACAAAAUUUCCAUAAUUGAGAGUAUGAAAUCACAAAGGCAUGUCUUUUUAAAAGAGCUGUAGCAGAGCCUGAUAAUUAUGUAUAAAGAAAUAUGUUGAUCAUGGUCCAUUUUCAAUUGAAAUUGCUCAUUUUAAUAGAAAUAAUCAAAAUUAGAUAUUUAUUAACAAAUUUGCAAUAAUCCAAGUAUUUAUAUGGUAUUCACCAAUGUCUGUGUUGCUAUUGAUUGCACUAUAACCUUGCAGCUGAAGUUAUUUGUGACAUAUUAGCAGUAAUAUGCAGUAGAUCUGCACUAGUAUUUAUGAUAUUAUGGAGUUAUGCAUUUUAGCUUUUUUAACCAUUUAAUGGCUGCUGAGACAUUUAUUGUGUUGUGAGAGGCAUUUAUCUCAUAUUUUGACCAAGUCCUCCUUGUCUUAAAUAGUUCAUUUUAAGCUGCAUUUUCAUAUUGUGGUAUAAAUUUCAUUUUGCUAUGCAAAACAUUCCAUCCAGGACUUAUAUAUUUACAUUCCAGUUCAGUAUAUCAAAAUAACGACUAAUUAUAAAUGUUUACGGCUUGUAUAUUAUAACCAUUUCUACUCACCUUUUUAUCACUUAAUUAGCAGUUAUGUAUGCACUAUAUAUAGCUGAUGAUAUUGUUAUACUCUAGUCUUUUAGGUGAAAUUUGCUUGCUUACUUGAUUCACUCACCAGAAAUGUAACAUUAUGAUUGUACCAUUUUCUGUGCUCCAUGAGGCAUCAUUUUAGUUACCUUUUUGUUUUGUUUUAUACAGGGCCUAUUGUUUUGUAUUAUUUUACCGUCCACUUAAAUGCCUUGCAUGCAAGGAGAAAUGAGAUGUUGUAGAAAGGUUGUGGCCAAUAUGCUGAGAAUUCUUUUUGUUAUGAGAUUGUUUAUAUCACGUAGACAAAUUAAAGCCAGUUUUUUUUAGGAUACUUAUUGGUUUCGGAUCUGUUGAUAAUUUUUUUAUUUUAGAGAACUUGGCUGAAUUUUGGGAAGUAAUUGAGAUUAUUUGCAUUAUUUAUGUGAAGAUAUAUUAUUUACAAAUUUAUUGCACUGCAUUUCCGUCCUGGCACAUUCUUACAGUUUGGAAACAUUUUAUAUGUUACCAACCCAUCACAAUUGUGCAUAUAUCUUGCAAGUUCUGUCCAUUUUUAUACAUAUUAAUUAUUACUUAGGAGGUAUUGUUUUCAAUGCUCAAUAAAAUUAUUGGAAUAUCAA